GGUACGGCCCACCCAGCUCGUAGUAAUGUUGUCAAUGUUGGCCACAUUGAUCUCCCUUUUGGCUAGCUAUGUUGUGCACUCUUUGCCACUCAGAGUAGACAUAGCCGCAGUGCGAGGGGCCGUGCUCACAGGGGGCAUGGCUUACGCCCGGGGUCACUAGGAUCGCUCAUUAAUGUGCAUGUUGUAGAGCAAGUUUGGAAACGGCUUCCUGUUUGUGGUGCAAGAUAAUGUACAUGAAUUCAUAUUGUUUGGAAUGGUAAUGAUAACAGCUGCAUUUCGACCCUUCGUCCGAAAGUUUUACACAAAGCAGCUGAUGAGCAUUCCCAGCCUGUCAAUGUCUACUUCAACCAUGGAUAAAGCAGAGAUAGUCAACAUAUCUCCAGUGUUGCGCCUACACAAAUUCAACAAUGAUGCCAGUGCCCCUUUGACACUUCUCUUGCCAUGGGCAACAGCAACUGAGCGGAACCUGGAUCGUUUCCGCACGCUCUAUGCAGACCGGGGGUUCAACGUGUUGACUGCAUACUCUAAGCUCAUCAAUUUCAUCCGGCCCCGAUCGGCCCAACCUGUGGCUGCUGAGAUUAUUGAUUACCUGUGCACCCAGACAGGUAAAGUGCCCAUAGUUGUGCAUGCUUUCUCCAUCGGGGCCUUUAUGUAUGCCAACAUUCUGAUACGCAUGGCGGAUCAACACCAGCAGUUCUCAGCCCUCCAGCCUAGAAUCCGCGGCCAGGUCUUUGAUAGCCUCAUCAUUGGAACAUUGAAAGAGAUGCGAGUUGGAUUGGCGCACAUGCUUUCCAACAAUCGGACCCUUCAAUGGCUCAUUUCAAGUAGCAGUGCUAUCUACUUUUAUCUGACCCACUCUAACACCGUUGAAGUUUACGAUCAAUUAGUGGACAUAUUCUGGAAGAACCCUUUCCACACACCAAUCCUGUGUUACUACUCGAUGACUGAUCCCAUGUGUAAGGUAGAAUCCAUGGAGCGAUUCCUGAAAGCUUGGAAAGAGCGAACUGGUGAGGUGAGCCACUCUCAUUGCGUACCUAAUGCCAGACAUGCCGAAAUUCUCCGAGGUGGACCAGAAGAUUACCGAGUUAUUUUGUUCAAAUAUUUGGAUACUUUAAGGCUGAGUGACCAAUCAAGUCCUCUGCAUUCUAAACUGUAGAUUGCAAGUUAAUCUUAUGUUGCAAAAUUGUCUGAAAGACAAAAAUUCUGCGGCCAGUUUAUUACUUCCAUGAAUACUUAAUAGCCUGCAGAUAUGUACAACUUGUACUAGGGCUGUGCCAAAUAACCGAAUAUUCGAUCGAAUAUUCGAAUAUUAUUUUUCAAAUUUGAAUAUUUGAAUCCA